AACACACAUCAUUUAUUUACCACAGUGAAGUUAAAUAUAUUGCUUUGCCUUUGUUAAAAAAAAAAAUGCAACACAGAAACCUCAACAAGCCCAAGAAACAAGUGGCAUCCUUUUUUGUAUGAUAAGCAUCACUACUUCCUUCUGCUGAAAUUUGAAUGUCCUCAGAAGGCUCUUUAGGGCAAGAGGUUGCCUUCUGCCCUCCCUGGGGAAAAACGAGCCAAACCUCGGCUCCUCCCACUUUUGAAAAACUGCUGUUUGCAUGUGAACAAGAUUUGCUAGCUGAGCCUCUGGACUAUGCAAGACUUUGACUAACAUUAGGGUAUACUCCAAGCUGGGAUGGCAGAAGUGGGAAAAAAAUUAACAAAUCACUGUUUCCUGGCAAUUGUAACUGUUAGCUGCUGUGGGCUAAGCCAUGAGAGUCAGACUGUCAUCUCCCUGUGCUCUCAAUGGAAAUCACAGGGUGCAUCUGUAUUAAUACUCUUUCAGAUCCAGAAUUCACGCACAUUUUCAGGGAGUUCCUGGUUUCUUCUUCUUGUUUGGUGCACACUGUGGAAUGCAAGGAUACAAGUAUUGCACUGCAAGUCAAACGAAGGGUCAGUCUGUGCUAGACAGCAGCACUGGCAGAUGCUAUUUUAGACAGAACAUACAAACCAGAGCUCUUUCAUGCAUGGGCACUGCCUUUGUGUGGCACUCCCCUGGGCCAGCAAGAAGACCUGACCCUGCUCACCUCCCUAGGGUGAGCAAGCAGGACAAGCUACCCAAGCUCCCUGCUCUGCCAGGCUCCACUGCCGGCUCUCCCCACAAAGAAGCAGUAAGCAAUCCCCAUACAACAACCCUAGUGUGCAGAAACGUGGCUCCUUUUAGAUGCAGGAAAGCCAUGGGAAGAGUCCCAGAAUUGCAUCAGCUCUGCUAAUUGAUAAGCAGCCUGCCAAAGGGACCAGACCAAGCUAAAACUUCCAAAACCAUCCAUCACUCUUGAAGUUUGCUCCCACUGCAUCAUGCCACCUGCUCAAGUAGGCACAGCCAGGAAUGCUUUGCACAUUUGACUGAACAAGGAGUUGUGGAAAGCUGGAUAAACUGUGGCAGUGUGCAGUGCAAUCCUUGGGAGCCAUGGAUCAUUUUUAGCCAAGCAAGCAUCAGAGUGAAGCCAAGAUAGCAUCUUUUAAAAUACUCUGAAAAUUACACACACGAGCUGUGCAAAAGGCGUGCAAACUUACAUUAAUGACUGUUAUGCAACUUUCAAUUAAGGCUGUCAAAAAAACCCCAACCCUUAAUUAUUGUUUUAAUACGUAGUGAGAGUUUUUAAUCACAUUUCCCACGCCACUUUCCCAGCGGUAUCUGGCACAGGACCAAGAGAAUCUCCUAAGGAAAGCAUUUGGUUUCUUCCCUGCUCCCGCACUAGACUUCCCCGCGCACCGCACCUCGCUUGGACCUUUCUGCGGUUAAAAACUCCAGAAGGACAAUGAGGAAACGCAGAGGACUAUGACUAGUCGAUCUAUUUCUGAGCUAUUCUAUUUCCGGGACAUUUCCACAGCCUCCUGCGGGAGCUUUGGUUUAACCGCGAGGGUCAGCUUCUUGGACGGGACGUUUUCCGGGAUGCGGGGUGCCCAGCGGGUACCGCGUCCACAGCGCCGCGCCUACUCCACUGUGGAUUUCCGGCUGCAACCCCCACUUUCCCAUCAGGCAAGGGGAGCCCCCGCUGUGAGGUGCCGGUGCCAGCCGGGCGGGCGUGAGAGCAGCGCUGGACAGCCGGCAGCUUCCCGGCGGAGGGAAGGCGGGCAGGAAGGCGGGCAGGAAGCGGGGCACUGCGCAGCUGCGGGCGGGAGGCGGCGGGAAUGGCGGCCGUGGUGCUGAGCGAGGCGGAGAAGCUCUACAUCGUGCACGGCGUCCAGGAAGACCUUCGUGUAGAUGGUCGAGGUUGUGAAGACUACAGAUGUGCAGAAGUAGAAACAGAUGUUGUAUCAAACACAAGUGGAUCUGCAAGAGUAAAGCUGGGAGAAACUGAUAUCUUGGUAGGCAUAAAAGCUGAAAUGGGGACACCGAAGUUGGAGAAACCAGAUGAAGGUUACCUGGAAUUUUUUGUUGACUGUUCUUCAAAUUCUCCUGAGUUGGAAGGCCGGGGAGGAGAAGAACUUGGCACAGAUAUAGCAAAUACACUGUACAGAGUAUUCAGCUGUGAGAACACUGUAGACUUGAAAUCCCUUUGUAUUAAUCCCAAAGAGCACUGCUGGGUUCUCUAUGUGGAUGUAUUGUUACUGGAAUGUGGUGGGAACAUCUUCGAUGCAAUCUCUAUCGCAGUGAAGGCAGCUCUCUUUAACACAAGAAUACCCAAAGUGCGUGUUCUGGAGGAUGAAGAAGGCACCAAAGAGAUUGAGCUGUCCGAUGAUCCUUAUGACUGUAUUCGACUUAAUGUAGAUGAGGUGCCCUGUAUUGUCACACUAAGCAAAAUUGGAUACAGGCACGUGGUGGAUGCUACCCUUCAAGAAGAAUCCUGUUCUUUGGCAAGCCUGCUUAUUUCAGUGACCAGUAAAGGUGCCAUCACUUCUAUGAAGAAGGUGGGGAAAGGUAGCCUGGAUCCUGAGAGUAUUUUUGAAAUGAUGGAGACAGGACAGAGAGUAGGCAAGUCACUUCACAUAGCCCUUCAGAAGAUUUUGGAUGAAGAAGAGAGUUUGGGGACUUCACGACCAAAAGUUGGAUUUCUAGGAUGAGUUUUUAUUAAAUGUUCAAAACUGGUUUUAAUUGAUUGUGCAAUCUUGUCAGUUUGUAUAUAAAGAAAAAAUUAUUUUUUUGUCCAGUAGAGUCAUCUUCAUGGCUAAGAGACUUUUAAAAUAUUAAUAAGCAUAAAGAAAGCUACAGUUAAAGGCAAAUAAGCAAAUUUGAGGUGCUUUCUGUAUGGGUAGCUGCUGGCACACAGGGAGUGCACCAGCAGCAAUUGGUUCUGUUUUCUGGGAAGUGCUUGAGUCUGUUUUCCAGAGUGACUGGUGUACUUUCCACUUCAUUCUGUUUGCAUGUGUUUCACUUCUGUAAACCAGCUGCUGUGUUCUAGAAUGCCUUCCCAGUGCAGCACAAAUGAGAGCAGCAGUAGGUGGAAAUCUUCCUUCAAAUUACCUUACUAUUCUUUGAAUAAAAUGUGGUUAGAUUUUACUAUAAAUACAACGUGGUCCUCAGUUCCCAAUUCAUAUUUUAAACCAAGAUUUGUCUACAACUGCCUCACAAGGGGGGGCAGGGGGGCAGGCACUCUUUGGUGACCAGUGACAGGACUCAAGGGUACAGCCUGAAGCUGUGUCAGGGAAGGUUUAGGUUGGAUAUCAGGAAGAGGUUCCUCACCCAGAGGAUGGUUGGGCACUGGAACACACUCUCCCAGGAAGUGCUCACAGUACCAAGCAUGACAGAGUUCAAGAAGUGUUUGGACAGUGCUGUCAGGCACGUGGUGUGACUCUUGGUGUGUCCUGUACAGGAGCUGGACUUUGAUGAUCCUAGUGAGUUCCUUCCAGCUCAGAAUAUGCUAUGACUUCCUUGUUUCCUAGAGCUCUACCUAUCCCUUUUGCCAACAGGUGCAAUAGUAAGCCACCCAAAACAACAUACUGUGGCUAAGGAGUAGGGACAUGACCAAGGUGAAUGGGAAACUAAGUUGAUCUUUAAAAGUUUGAUAUUUCAGCUGGAAAAGCAUAGUGGCUGUCAAUAAUGAUCCUUCAUAGGGAAAAGCAAUGGAUUACAGAUAAGACAUGGAUACAAGUUGCAUCACCAGAUGUUGAAAGCAGUGGAUUCCCUCCAUACCUCAAUUGGAUGGCCUAGCAGCGAGUAAGAGAUGUUUGUUUGGCAUGAUAGGAAGAGACAACAGAUGGGAAGAAUCAAAGAAGAAAUUGAUUUUUAAGAAGCUGAUAUUUAAUCUGCAAGUGUUAAGGAAUGUUUUGAACAAACUUUAUGUCAGAAAUUACUACAUUAAUCCAGAGUUAUUUAGCUCUUACUCAAGCAACAUUUUCUCAGUUUUCUGUUUCAAUUUUAUAAUACCAGAUUAAGAAUAUUCACUUGACUGUAACAUGUUUGUUGGGGAGAAAGGACGGAAGGGUUUUGCUGAAGGAAAGCCGUAGAUACAGGACAGAACAUAUUAUAGCUCAAACUAAUAAUCAUGAUCACAUUAAAAUAUAUGGAGUACUAAAAAUUCCCAGAUCUCUUCAGUCCUUUUGCUAGAGCUCAUACACAUAGUUACUCAAGGUGACUGAAACAGUACUUGUAUUUUAGAUAUGUGUAACCAUUGCUAUAACAAGCAGUAUAACAAGCAGAUGGGUUAUUAAAAAAAAAAUGUUGUCCCCCAAAAUUUGCCCAAGGUUUGUAUUUUGAAGGGUUUCGAUUUUUUUCAGUGCCUCAAGUAAUGGUUUAGAUAGGUUGUAAAGGUGCUACACAGUAGCAGAGCCAAGAAGUGACAAUGAGUGUACAUAUUAUCUUUUAUCACUUCAGCAAGAGUUGCUCUCUGUGAGGCAAAUACUAAUCUGACAUCAGCUUUACAGUAGCUGUGAUCCACUCCUUGCCAUGCAAAGCUGCUUGUAAAACUGUAGAAAGAAAAAAACUGAAGAGCGAAAAAACCUUUAAAGUACCUUAGACUUAUCACAGGCAGUUUUUUUGAUCAUGUAUUGUUCAGUGUUUCAGAAAAUGGUUAAUGUAAAUGAGACUGCAAGUCUUGAACCUCAGCCAUUCUCUGAAUGUUUUAUUGCACAUUUGUGGUUGGAGACCGAAAAGCUGCUCUGAGUUAUACUCGGGGUAGUGUAAUUCUACACAGCUUUCCAGCUGAAGGAUGUCCAAGCAUUUUGUAAGUUACAUCCCUUAAGAUGCUUCUUGUCCUCUCUCCAGAUCCUUUUAAUUUUAAAUAUAUUUUUAUGAGAGCUGGAGGUGGUGGUGGGAAAAGAAACAUCACUGUGUUUCAAGUGUGUGAACUGAUGCCUCUGUAGAGAGGAGUACAUGUGCACUUCCUCCCCUGUUUUUAAUAAGGGUUGCAAAUAUUUAGCCCUCUGAGAUCCAGGCUGUGUGCUAAAGAGAGAGACUUGGUGCCAAGCACUUCCUCAGAGCAGCACUGCAAAUUAACAUGGUGCCUUCCCUACACGUGUGACCUCCCCCUGUACCUGGGUAUGCAAGCACAGAGUAAAUUGGGAGUCUCAAGGGGUCCUGUUCCUUCUGUGUCACUGCUUCCCAUCUGUUGGCAUGGAAAAGCAAUGGUGUAGAGAGUGACCCCAGUUCAGAUGGGGUCUGCUUCAACCCCUGAGAUAUAAAUAAUGAGCUCAGCCAAAAGUAUUACAGAGCUGCUAGUUGCUCUCAGCUGCCCCUAGAGGCUUCCUGCUACCAGCUCAUGUCCCAGAUGUAUAAACAAAGCUCUGACAGGGGUAAAAGGUCCUACAGCUCUCCCAGUUGAUAUGGUAUCUGCCAAGAAAUCUGAGAGACUGUGGUUCUCAGGCAUGCUGAGGGCUAAUUUCUAUUUUCUUAGCUCCCUUUAACCCCUCCCUUCUAUUCCAAAUAAAAAUAGCAGAAUUGUAAUAGUCUUCAACUGAGAAUGCCCCUGUUCCCAUCUGGGCUGGUGGAAAGUUCCAUGUGUUGCUGUGCAGAUACUGCCACGUUUUCAUUGACUCGAGUCCAGUAGAACUAAGAGGAAACAUCUGUGGAGUGGGAUAGCUCUCUGUUUGUCCCAGAAAUUAAUUGCUUCUGCUGGGAGUGUUGAGAGGCUGAAAGCUGUGCACUAGAGAUGAGGAGUCUAGUAACUUCUGCUAGGCCUCUACUCAUAUUGCCUAAAAAGCACACACCCGCAAUUUACCUGUUUCACAGGGACAGCAUUCCCCUCAAAGCAGAAGAGGCUGUAGGUCAGUGGACCUGACUGAUCUAGCAAGCCCAGGAAUCCCAUCAACAUACGUUUUGCAACUACAAUUCGACACUGUAAUUGUGUAGUUUGGAGAGAAGAGGGAAGCUCAUUCUGCCCUAUGGAGGCAGUGGGGAGGAGCAUGGCUGUGCCACCUGUAGUCAGGCUUUAAAUGAAGCCUUUCUUCAGCACACCUGCUGUAAAGACAAAUCAGUGUGAGCCAGAGCUUGCUCACUCUCCUGUGAGAAUGGAGUGUGCAAGCCUGUCUUCAAGGGAUUUGGCACCUACCCAAUAGGGUGUUCCUGCAUUUGCUUUGUAAACAGCAAUUAGCUGAGGUUUACCCACUCCUGCUAGGACUGCCUCCAGCUUUCCUUUUGAACUGCAGCAGACACCACUGCCCUUCUCAGCAGCGGGAUGUUCUCCAGCCCUGCUGUGGCACUGGUUUAUUUUGCCUAAGUGGCCACUGGCACCGAGAGAGUGGAAGAAGCAAAGCUGUGACUGGUGAGACCUGAGCACUCCAGUCCUUACCCCAAUGACUUGUUCUCUCCAUUCCUUUAACAUUCUGGAGAAAAAUGCAAGAGCAGGUCUGCAACUGGUACUGAAUCUCUUCAGGCAUCAGCCUCUGUGUGAUUUCUCACUGCUCCCCAACUCUCUUGUCUCCUAGUGCACUCCCGCCUGAUUGCACUCCCUGCCUAUGCAGGGCACCUUUUCCUUCUAUGGCAAAAUGUGGCUGCUCCUGUUAAGUGUGCCUCAGAGAGGCUUCUUUUCCUUUGUCAAAGUCCCAGACUCACAGUGAUAGUGCUCAGCCACAGCAGGGCACUUUGGUACAUCUCCCCACAGAGAAACUGCAGUGCCUUGGGUUUUCCUUGGAUCUGCAUUUUUAGCUAUUUUCUUGGAGCUGCAUCUCUAGCUAUCCAGGAACAAAGAUAUUUUGGCUGUUGCUGCUAAACAUCAUUAGAAUCUCAAGCAUGCUGCUAAUGACUCCCUGGUGAUGGUUUAAACCUCCAUUUUAUUGUCUGGAACACUUUUAAUAAAGCUGUGGUUAUCUCUUGA